AGUGGCAGUAGUAGCAGUAGCAGUAGCAGUAGUAGUAGCAGUAGCAGCAGUAGCAGCAGUAGCAGUAGCAGUGGCAGUAGUAGUAGUAAUAGUAAUAGUAGUAAUAGUAAUAGCAGCAGCAGCAGCAAUAGCAGCAGUAGCAGUAGCAGUAGUAGCAGUGGCAGUAGUAGUAGUAGCAGUAGCAGUAGCAGUAGUAGUAGUAGUAGUAGC